AUGGCAUCGAGACUCAAUACAGGGACACAACCAUUGUUUAUGAGAAAUGAUGCUGACUACGCUUCACCAACUAGGAGAUCUUUCCAAUUCCCCAGACGAUACAGUAAUAAAUCCUCUACGCAUUCGUCAUUCUCAAAUCAAGUCGAAGAAUCAUUGCAUACAGUGGGAGACGAUGUGCAACCAGCAACACCAGAAAGAUUUGUCUUUUUACAAGAUUUUAACAAUGAUGACACGCCAGUGGUGAAUAACAGUAACAACAGACAGUUCUUGGAUGAAGAUGCCGUUACUCCCCUGAUAAAUCAAGAGGUACAUGAAGAAGAAGGUGGUGGAAAACAAGGUGAGUAUUAUAUGACUGAAAGUGUUUACUCGGAGUAUGAUAAUACAUCGGACAAUAUAAGCAGUGAAAAUGAAAAUAGUACUAGUGAACCGUUUGCAGGAUUGGGAAUAGAUGGUGUCAACCGUAGCGGUAGCGUUUCAUCCUACGUGGAAACCGCAAAGGCUGCUCCUAUUAUAUCAUCCAAAACUUCACCUGUGAGAGCGAUUAGAACUUCAGCUAUUAUAAAUGGUAAAGGUAAUUCUAGUCCCUUUAAGGAGCCAAACUAUAUUUCUGGAGGUGCUACUAAUAAUAGUAUUGGAAAAUUAGAUACACAUUUUCUAAACAACAGUAAAGAGUAUUCCAGGUAUUCAAUCAUUUCAGGUGAAACAUCGACGGCUCCACUAUCAUUACCAAAUGAUAAAUUUACUGAGGCAAAAGAAUUUGAAGGUGAUCAAGAGCAUGUUUCUGAGUCUGAGCUUGAAACCGAGGCUUCAGAUUCUGACCUUGCUAAGUGGGAUGCAGUGGAAAUUCCAACUACGAAAGUGCCGCAAGAAUCACAAUCAUCUGUGGUUAAUAUGAGUAGAAAUAACAGUAAUAUCCAAAGAAAAACAACUCUGAGAAAAAAUACAGAAUUGGAACUAGAUGAUAAAAAUUUUGCUUACUUGUUUAUUAUUGCUAUCCAUUCAUUUAAUGCAAGGACUUUAGAUAAUCCAGAUGAUAUUGCCAUUUGCCUUUCAUUUGAAAAAGGUGAUGUUGCAUUCGUACAUACGGUUGAUGAAUCUGGUUGGGGAGAAGUAACCUUAGUUAGAAAUAGGAAACGCGGUUGGGUUCCCUUUAACUAUUUUUCAGAUACUGUCAAAUUUAAUAGAGCUAAAGACAGUACUGAAUCAGGAAACCAGCUUACGAAUCUGAUAGAAUCAAGAUCUCCAUUACAAGCCUUGCUAUCUGCAUGUGCGAAGUUUUUACUACAUCCUCAAGACACUCCAAUCCCCAAUUCGGAUAAAUUUACCUUUAACUUUAAUCAUAUCAACACGGUGAAGGAUGGCGUAAAGAAGUUACUUGAGAAAACCGAAUGCGUAUCCAGAUCAGAUGAAUUAGUACGACAGAGCCCUUCAGUGCGAAAGUUAAGGAAACGAUUGCUCGCAGAUUGGUAUAACCUUAUGAUAAAGGCAGAUUAUUACAAGUAUAGCACAAAUCCUGAAAAUAUAAGCAAACUGAUGGAUUUACUUUACAGAGUCCUCGAGCAGUCAUUUUCCUUCUUUAAGGCUUGGGCUCAGGAGAAGACAGAGUUUGAGAAAGAAAGAACUGCCCAAAUCAACAGUGAAAAUACUCUCAAAGAUUCAGAAAAACCAGCUUACAUGCGUAAUUCACCUAUGCAUUAUUUAAGAGAACCUCCUUCAGCAAUUGGACGACUUCAAGAGGUUUACGAUUUAUUAUUUCUUUAUGUUGGUUUAAUUUUGGGUAGAUUGGAUCUGAUAGAACAUAAUGCCAGCGGUAGUGAAAUGUUAGAAGUCAUUGUUCAUCAAAUGAUAAUUUUACUGAGAGAGUUAUUGUAUACUAGCAAAUCAUGCUCUUCAAUCAUCCAAGAUAAAUUCCAAUAUGCAUACGAUGAUACCCUUCAAAGAAAUUUGGAUCCAUUACUUUCGUUAGUUUCUGAAUUAGUUUCAUGUGUCAAGCUUCUAGUAGUAGACAUCCUAAAAGACAAUGUAGGUAAGGACAUGGAACUUUUGGUCAAGGAGGAUUUAUACCAUCAUACAGAUCAAGGUCAGAGGUUAAUUUCUAUCGUAUCAAGCAUGGCUACACUAAUAUCGAAUACAGUAUCAGGUUGCAAUAGCUAUCUACGGUUGAUAGGUGAUUUCCAAUUAAGCGAAGAUAGAAAGUAUCUGGAUCUACAAGAGAUGAAGAUCACUCCACAGAAGUUUGUUUCACAUUGUACCGAAGGUCUGAAGAAAGAUAUUGACGAGGCCAGAUUGAGUAGAGCCAUACAGGAACAACAGCCCAACAGAUCAGUCCAAAAUCACAAAAGCAUCGCUAGAUUUUCCACCAUACGUGCUGGUGAUGGAGAGAAACUGGGACUUACUGUCGAAGGUGGUCAAUUCUUACAGGAACUAUUCCAGGAUAGAAGACCAUUCGGUAGAGAUUCUAAGUUUGCACCAUUCCAAUUGAAAGACGGAGACGAAGACGUUGGUGAUCACGUUGACGAAAUUAAUAAUAAGGAAGCAAUGCACAAACAAUUGAUGUUUAAUAAGGAAGGUGCUUUAAUUGGUGCUUCUUUCAAAGCUUUGGUGUACAAACUAACGGAUGAAAUUGAAAAGCCUGAUGAAUUUUUCACAGCAGCUUUCUUAUUAAACUUCAGAAGUUUUGGGACCGCUUUGGAUCUAAUAGAAGCUUUGGUAUCUAGAUUUGAUUUUUCAGAUAAAUCCAUACGUUAUGAAUUUGGUGAAAAGAAUGGUCAGUAUUCAUCUAGGGCUUCACGAAUGAAAAAUAGAAGGAGACUGGUUUGUCGUGUUUUCCUAUUGUGGAUGAAGACCUAUUGGAAUUAUUAUGCUGAUUACCAAUACCUUCCAACUUUGAUCAACUUUUUCAAUGAGGGUUUAUCUGUUUUUCUUCCGUUAGAUGCCAAGGAACUUCUAGAGACUGCUGCAAAGUUAUCUGCAUUAACACCAUUUUCUGGUGAGUUUAGGAGGCGCUCCAGAUCUCGUCAUCAGCUGCAGCCCACUUCAACACAUGAAGCAAGAACCUGUUCUAUUUACUCUGACAUUUCUGUCACUAGCGCAAGCAGUCGUAGAUCUUCAGGUUCAUUAGAUCACCAGUUAUUGGACGACCACGACUUAACCCGUAUACCAAGUCAGAGUAGAAAUUCCAUGUCAUUGCCACUUCCCGUCCUCAACUACGGAACUUCUUCUCUGAUUUCUAAACGCAAUAUCCAAGACAUGGAAAGAUUGCUAAUAUCUUACCGACUAGUCACAGGGUAUUCCACCUCUGCUCUAAACAAGUCCGCAAGCGAUUUCAAUCCGCAAAAUGAUACCCGUCUGCUAAUUGCAGAAUGGAAUGAAUUGGUUUCCAGUGACAUGAGAAUAUCUCAACCCCUUGUUCACAAUGACAUGACCUUAGUGCAAAUUAACGCAUUGGAACUUGCCAAACAAUUAACGCUGAUCGAAUCACAGCUUUUCCUAGCAGUAGAACCCUUUGAGCUCCUUGAUGGAAAUUAUAUGCCUAAAAAGCACUAUUUAGGAAUGGCUCCAAACGUCAAAGCGAUUUUAAAUUUUACCAAUCAAUUGUCCAACUACGUGAUAGAAUGCAUUCUUUACCCAAACCUUCCCUUAAGGGAACGUACUUCUAGAUUGAGAGCUUGGUUGAAGAUAGCUCUUGCCACUUCAUAUUUCAGAAAUUUCAACUCUCUGGCGGCUAUCAUGACGGCGCUACAAAACCAUGCAUUAACAAGGCUUCAGGAUGUUUGGGAUGAGUUGAGUGAUAAGGAACUCGACUUGUAUAAGUAUCUCGCCCGUGUGGUUCAUCCUAACAACAACUUCAAAGUAUACAGAAAGAAGUUGAAAAAAUACACUGAGGACUACAGAUUCGGCAACACCAAACCUUCAAAGUCUCUAGUUCCCGUUGUUCCUUUCUUCAACCUGUUCCUGCAAGAUUUAACAUUUAUCAACGAAGGUAAUGCCAAUUCAAGAGAUGAUCUCAGAUUUAGACCUUAUACCUUGAUAAACAUCGACAAGUACUUCAAGAUUACGAAGACGAUCAAUAUUGUUAAUUUCUUUCAAGUGGACUAUGAAAGCAAUCCAGAAGGGUUUGAUACGCUGGGUUCGUUUUUCAAUAUUGGAGACCAAUUAGACCAAGAUAAUAGAAACAUUAAACCUAUACCCCUUGUACAAGAAUUUAUUUUGUAUGAAUUUUGGAGAGUUAAUACCCUAUUCAAGGAAAAUAAUGAUCGUGGGUACCAAUUAAGCUUAAGCUUGAAACCUCGUACUUUUCAAUAA